AUGCUGAUUUCGGUUCUUGAGAAUUCUGAAAAAUUGCUCGUGCGCAUGGUGCAUGUCAUGUGCUCCCUCACUGAUGCUUCUCUUCUCCACACGCUCUCAGGCCCCGCCCAUCGCAUCACCUCUCUCACUCUCGCCAAUACUGCCGCGCCGCGUGGCGCCAGCACACCUAUCAACUACGGCCAUUUGCUCGUGUGCGGAGACUAUGGAGGGUCUUUCCAUGUGUGGGACCUCUCUCACUCUCUUCCUCCUCCCCAUCAUUCUCAUCAUCACUCUCAUCCUCCUGCUUUGGCUCCCACCCACCCUUUCCUCCCACCUACUGUCUCCUCAUCCCUUCCUUCCACCCCUCCUCUCCCUUCCUGCCCCUCGUUUCUAGUUCCCUCAGCACCUCCUCUCCCCACCAACCCAACCCAUCCCACAUCCACCCCUCAUCUGGUUACCACAUCGGUCACUGCACCUGUACCUGCGCCACAUCUGGUUACCACAUCGGUUACAGCACCCGUACCCGCCCCGUGUCUGGUUACCACAUGGAGCGAGGAGAAGGACUGGCGAUACUCAGGUGUGCUGUCAUUGGCUGCGCCACAACCGGGUGAUUAUAACGAUGAUGAUGGUGGCGCAGCAGCAGCAGCUGGUGACUGUAACGAGUAUGUAGUGUACAGUGGAAGUGGCGACCGCACUGUCAAGGCCUGGGCCCCCAAUGCUGAUGGCUCCUACUCCCUACUAGCUCGUAUGGAGGGGCACACAGCGCCUGUCUCCUCCCUUCAGGUGGAUUCUCAGGUGGCUGUCAGCGGAUCGUGGGACGGCACCGUUCGUCUCUGGUGGCGCCCGGACCACUCCCCUAUGGCCGUCCUCGUUUGUAGCAGCCCCAAUGCCAGCACAAGAGCUCUCGGAAGCAGCACAGGCAUGGGGCAAGGACCAGGGAUGGGGGGUCAGGGGAUGGGUGCGAGUUUGGGAGUGAGUGUGGGUGCGAGUGUGAGUGUGCGAGCAGUGGUGGUGGAUGAGGAGGGGGAUUUGAUUCUGUGCGCGAGGGAGGAUGGGCGGGUAGAGGUGUGGCAUGGCAGUAGCAGCAUCGUGCUCCUGACUCCCACCCAUGCCAUGCCUGUGACAGCUACCAGCAGUGCCACCACCACCACCACCACCACGGAUGCUUUGUCUCCGCCGCCCGCGCUGCUGUCGCUGGCAGUGUGCCGCCCGCUCCUCGCUGCAGGCGCUGCGGAUGGCUCCAUCAUGCUAUGGCACAUGCAUGGGUAUGCCGCUGACGUCAGCAUCACCCCAUGGAGACGACUCUCACAUGCUCAUCCGCAGUCACACAUUCAAGGGCCAUGCACUGCUCUAGCCUUUGCUCUUUCCGAUGCUGCUGCUGCUGCUGCUGUUGCUACUGAAGUCACCACGGGCCAUGGCAGCAGUGGGUGGAGGGAUGACCAUGCAGCCUCACUGCUGCUGCUGUCAGGAGGGUUUGACGGCCAGUUGUGCGUUUGGGAGGGGAAGGUGGCUGGCUCUGUCACUGGCCGUGUCUAG